CUCUCACCCCCUCAAUAACAAAAUAAAUCUAAUCAAAACAAAACAAAACAUUUCCCCUUAGCUUAUCACUAACACACUUCCUCCCACCACAUCUCAAUUCCCCCACCCUCCUUCCUUCCUUCCUUCCUUCCUUCUCUUUAUAAAUUUCAUUUCCCAAACAAAACAGAGAGUGUGUGUGUGUGUAAGUUGUGAGGGUAUUCAGGGUAUUCAGGGUAUUCAGGAUAUGGGAUGAGGCCUCGAACACGAUAGACCAAGCACAAAACCAACAACAACAAAAAAAAAUGUGGGAUCUGAACGACUGCCCUGAUGUGAGGGAGGGGGAUGAAUCCGAAGCCUGUUCCUCUGCCAAGACCUCCAUCGAGGGAGACGGGGAUGAUGACAAACGGAAAAGGGUGGGAUCGGCUUCCAAUUCCAGUUGUUCGGCUGCGGAGGAAGAGGAGGAGUUGGAGGAGGAAGAAGAGGAGGAGGAAGGAUCCGAUGAGGUAUUGGGCUCCAUGGUCAUGCAAAUUGACACACAAACCCCAAGCCCUGUAACUCGCCAGUUUUUCCCACUUGAAGACACUGAAAUCCCACCUCCCCUUCCACUUCCAACUACUGAUUCCGCCUUCCCUCGGGCUCACUGGGUUGGGGUCAAAUUUGGCCAUCCCGAUCCUAAUAAUAACUCCAUCAACCCCAAUGACCUCUCCCACCCCAUUAAGAAGAGCCGCCGGGGCCCAAGGUCUCGUAGCUCCCAGUAUCGCGGGGUCACUUUCUACCGGAGAACCGGCCGCUGGGAGUCUCAUAUUUGGGAUUGUGGAAAGCAGGUUUAUCUCGGUGGAUUCGAUACGGCACAUGCAGCUGCUCGUGCUUACGAUAGAGCGGCCAUUAAAUUCCGAGGAGUGGAAGCGGACAUAAACUUCAGCAUCGAAGAUUACGAGGACGACUUAAAACAGAUGGGUAAUCUAACAAAGGAGGAAUUUGUGCAUGUUCUUCGCCGACAAAGCACUGGGUUUCCCAGAGGAAGCUCCAAGUAUAGAGGUGUAACGCUUCACAAGUGUGGAAGAUGGGAGGCUCGAAUGGGCCAAUUUCUUGGCAAAAAGUAUGUUUAUCUGGGUUUGUUUGAUACCGAGAUCGAAGCCGCAAGGGCUUAUGAUAAAGCUGCAAUCAAGUGUAAUGGCAAAGAAGCUGUCACCAAUUUCGAUCCCAGCAUUUACGAGAGUGAGCUGAAUCCGACAACUGACUCAACUAGCAACUUAGCAGACCACAGUCUUGAUUUGAGUCUGGGAAAUUCAAGCUCAAAGCAACAUGACAGCCCAAAUGGUUCCUUAGAUCCGCACCAUUCUUCUUCAGCUCCUCUACCGAUGGAAGCUGAUUGGCAACGUAGUCAAGGAUUUAGGCCUCCGCAGCUAAAUUUGCUGCAAGAAUCAAGCAGCGGAGGAGGUAGUGGAAACAAAAAUUACAAUAAUGCACAGAGAGGAAACACUAAUAGGUACCUGGAGUGUGAAACUAUGCAGCUGUUAAGCCAAACACACAUUCAAUCUCCAAUUUCCUUUGAAAUGCAAAGACAUGGGCAAUUCAGGCGGCAGGCGGGUGGUGUAGAUCAGCCCCACUCCCAGAUAUUGCUUCACAAUCAAAAUCAUCCAACCUUCAAUUAUCAAAUUCAGUUUCCGGGCAGCAGUAAUGGAGGCCGAAUAAUAGGAAGUGAUCUAUCACUAUCUCUAAGUGAUCAUCAGAAUCAAGUUGUUGAAUCGGGGCCAUCGCAAGUUCAUGCAACUGCUGCAGCAUCAUCAGGAUUCUCUCCCCAGAUUAGACCUUCCAAGAAUUGGCUGCACAAGAAUGGGUUUCAUUGUCUCAUUAGACCCUCCUAAUAAGUUGUACGAAAUUUCUCUCCCCCGCCCCCAGAAAAAAGAGUCAGUCAUGUUUUAAUUUUAAUUUAUUCUGUCCUGUCCGCUUCCCGACGAGAAUCUAGAAAGAAAAAAAGUGUAGUAGUAAAAGUUGAAGGUGGUGGUAAUGGGUGGGAGAAAAAAGCUACAACUUUUCUGACCGAGAAUUCAUUGUGCCAUUACCAAUUCCCAAUUCCUUAGACAUUUGCUUUGUUUCGGCUAUGUACUACUAUAUAUUUACCCUAUGUUCCAACGCUCAUUUUUAGUAAUUUGUACAUACUUGUUUGAAAGAAGCUGCAAGGAAGGGGGCCUUCUUGUUGUAGCCUCAUCAAAUUGAAUGAUCAUUUUCCGACGAUUGUCA